AUGGGAUUCCGCGGAGUUAUUCUUACCUAUGCAAAAGAAGGCCCUGGGAAAUCCGCUGAGGAAGACCAAGUCGAUUCCAAAUCACAACAGGCUGACCCUGAGAUUGAAGCAUGGCACCAAGGUGUUUUGCAAACAGUCCAGAUGAUUGGCGAUGGAGACUUUUUGGCAUUAAAAUUGACUGGGGCCGGUGCGGCGGUGACAACGGCGCUUUCUCAUGGCAAACCUCUUCCCACACAGAUGGAGAACGCAUUGGUAGAUAUAUGCGGCAAAGCUAUUCGCCGACGUGUAAACAUUUUCUUAGAUGCAGAGCAGCAUCAUGUUCAGCCAGGAAUUGCUAAAGUCGCCAUCGAUCUGAUGCGUCGCUACAAUCGGGGUGAUGCAGCGGUGGUAUUCAACACCUAUCAGGCCUAUCUGAAGUCGACAUCGGUAACCCUUCUUGACCAUUUACACUGCGCGAAAGAGGAACAAUUUAUAAUUGGUAUAAAGCUGGUUCGCGGUGCUUAUAUGAGCACAGAGCCUCGCCAUCUUAUCCACGAUACCAAGGCAGAGACAGAUGCUUCGUACGAUAUCAUGGCAGAAAGUCUCAUCCAAGGGCAAUCGGCUACCUGGAAGCAAGAUGAAUCUUUCAGUUCUCCGAGGCUACAGCUCUUUUUGGCAACCCAUAAUCGUACUAGCACUCUCAAGGCUCAGGAGCUGCAACAGUCGCGCACAAGCGCCGGACUGCCGCGCAUUCAGAUUCAAUACGGCCAGCUACUAGGGAUGGCAGAUGAAGUAAGCUUCACACUGCUUCAGCGGAACAACCAGGAUAUCCAACGCCAAGGGUUUGUACCUAGUGAGGUAUACAAAUGCCUUACUUGGGGGACAAUUGGCGACUGCAUUUUUUAUCUUCUACGGCGUGCCAACGAGAACAAAGACGCCGCGUCAAGAACAUUGGCAGAAUACCACGCCCUGAGAAGAGAAGUGGUUAGAAGAAUCAGAAGCGUGUUCUCAUUUUAA